UCCCUGAUGGAUGCACAGAACUUGCGAAUCGAGGAGCUCUUGCAGAAGAUCAAGCAACAGCAGUACAAACUGGACAAGCAGAACCUGCAGAUUAAAAGCCUGCAGAGCAAGGUCAAUCUACUGAUCCCCUUACAUCUGAAGGACAACAAAACGCAGUCUCCAAAGUGGAAGGUAAACGUGAAGAAAAGCUUCAGCCUCACCAACCAGAGCCAGAACGCUAGCGGGGAGCCCGUGCCGAUGCAGAAGCUCCCAGAGGAUUGCCACCAGCUCUUCCUGGCUGGGCAGCAAAGCAGUGGCAUUUUCCAGGUGCAGCCUGCAGGGUCUCAGCCCUUCAAAGUCUACUGUGACAUGACCACAGAAGGUGGCUGGACAGUGAUCCAGAGACGCACAGAUGGCUCUGUGGACUUUGACCAGCUUUGGGAUGCCUACAAGAAUGGCUUUGGAGACCUUCGUGGUGACUUCUGGCUGGGCCUGGAGAAGAUACAUCACCUUGUCCAAGAGGGAAGAUACAAUCUCCUGGUUGAGCUGGAAGACUGGGAGGGAAAUUCCCAGGUGGUUCAGUUUGUCUUCAGCCUUGGUGGUGAGAGCACAGCCUAUACGCUUAACCUGCUGGGACCUAUGUCUGGAGAGCUGGAGAAUGCCAUCGGGGACUUCAGGCAGCUGCCCUUCUCCACUCGGGAUCGUGACCAUGACCUCAAAGCCGACACAAACUGUGCCAAACACCUCUCAGGUGGCUGGUGGUUCAGCACCUGUGGCCAUGCCAACCUCAACGGGAAGUACUUCCGCUCCAUCCCCCGCCAGAGGCAUGAGCGCAAGCAGGGCAUCUUCUGGAAGACAUGGAAAGGCAGGUAUUACCCGCUGAAGUCAACAACCAUGAAAAUCCAACCUGCAGCACUGGAAGCAGAGCCCUAAAGCAGCUGCUUGAGACUUGACCUUCUCUGUGGAGCACAGACCUGAGCUCCAUCACUUGGUGUUUACAGAAAAAAAACCCCACACCCUCCUGGGAAGUCCCCGGAGGAGCAUUUCUCUUGGUUAGCAGCCCUUUGAUGGCAUCACACAGCUCCUUGCUAUAAGUAAAACGGCU